AUGCCGGCCGACCCGUUUGAUUCCGCUCUUGACCUCCUCCGCCGCCUUAACCCUAAACACACAACCGACCACCUGAACAACAUCCUCAUGCUUGCGCCCGACCUGACGGAAGACUUGCUGUCGUCAGUUGACCAGCCCCUGACGGUCCGCCGCUGCAAGCAGACGGGCCGCGACUACCUGCUGUGCGACUACAACCGCGACGGCGACUCGUACCGCUCACCAUGGUCGAACCAGUUUGACCCGCCGCUGGAGGGCGGCCUGAACAAGGCGGGCGGCGGAGGACUCGGCGGCAUUGGCGCGGGCGGUGCCAGCGAGGGCGCGGGCGAGGGUGCGGUGCCGGGCGAGCGCGUGCGCAAGAUGGAGAUCCAGGCGAAUGAGGCCUUUGACGUGUACCGCGACAUGUACUACGAGGGCGGCGUGUCGAGCGUGUACUUUUGGAACCUGGACGACGGCUUUGCGGGCGUCGUGCUGAUGAAGAAGGCGUCUUCGCCUUCUUCGUCGUCGUCGUCGGGUGUGUGGGACUCGAUCCACGUGUUUGAGGCCAUUGACCGCGGCCGCACGACCAACUACCGGCUGACGUCGACGGUCAUUUUGAGCCUCGAGACGGGCGACGGCCACCUCGACCUGAGCGGCAACAUGACGCGGCAGCUCGAGCAGGACCUGCCCGUGUCCAACGGCGAUGCCAGCCACAUUGCCAACAUUGGGCGGCUGGUCGAGGACAUGGAGAGCAAGAUGCGCAACCAGCUGCAGGAGGUGUACUUUGGCAAGGCCAAGGACGUGGUGGGCGACCUGCGCAGUGUGGGCAGCCUGUCCGAGGGCCAGCGGGACCGCGAGACGCACCGCGAGAUGAUUAGCGGCGUGCGGGGGCGGAGUUGA